AUGAUUUCUUCAAAAUUAAAUAAUAACUAUUACAAUAAUCCAUUUACUUUUAAUAAUAAUUCAAAUACAAUUUCAGUUACUCAAAAAGAAGCUUUAAAGAAAACCAUUAAAGAGGCUGCUGUUUUAACUGAUAUCGCUUUAGUAAAUUUAAAUAAUGAUGGCCCAUCAUUAGAAAUCUCUGCAUUAAUAGAAUCAAAAUGUAAACAACUUUACGAAUACUCAACAACAAAUACAAUAACAAUAUAUAAUUUGUUGAAUUAUAAUAAUAAUAAUAAUUACAAUAAUAUAAACAGAUAUAACAAUAAUAAUAGUCCUAGUAAUAAUAAUAAUAAUAAUAAUAAUAAUAAUAAUAAUAAUAAUAAUAAUAAUAAUAAUAAUAAUAGUAAUAAUAAUAAUAAUAAUAAUAAUAUUAAUAAUAAUAAUAAUAGUAAUAAUAACAAUAUUAAUAAUAAUAAUAAUAAUAAUAGCGAAAAUAACUGUAAUAAUAAUUUCAAUGUUAAUAAAAAUUUAGACAACGAUAAAUAUAAUAAUAAAUCUUGUAAAAAUAAUAAUAUUAAUAAUAAUAACAAUAAUAAUAAUAAUAGCGAAAAUAAAGAAAAAAAUAAUAUAAAUAAUAAUAAUGAAAAAGAAAAUAAUGAAUAUAAUAAUAAUAGAUCAGCAUCAACAUCACCAGUAAUCAAAAGAAGUAAAUCAUUAUCACCAAUCCUUCAAUUCGAUAAAAUUGAUCUUGAAGAAGAAUAUACAAGUGAUUAUGAUUACUCUGAUGGUUCAAAUGAAAGCUCCUCUCCAACUUUAUCAGCAUCUACAUUAUCAAGUGAAGAUUCUAAACCAAAGGUUCUUAAAAGAGGUAGAGGUAGACCUUCAAAACCAAAGCCAGUUCAAUGUUUUUCUUGUUUCCGUAGUAAUACUCCAGAAUGGAGAAAGGGUAAAGACAAAGAUGGAAAUGUUAUUGACCUUUGUAACGCAUGUGGUUUAAGUUAUAUGAAAUAUAUAAAGAAAGCUAAAGAAUCAAAAGAUAAACUUAGUAUAAAUAAUUUAAUUAAUAAAUAA